AUGACCCCAUCUCUCCGGAAGGCUCUUGCUUUGCAUCGGCCCGAAAAUGUCGACUCAGAGACUGUUACUUUGGCGGAACUAUCACCUCAGCUGACAUUUGUAGAUGCACCGAACAAGGCUACUAAAGUAUUUGCCGUGACCGAACUUCUGGAAGGAAUAUUGCUGCAGCUGGCACGAAAAGAUGUUCUUCUUUGCCAGCGCGUGAAUCGCACAUGGCAAGAUACCGUGACAGGCUCGAUCAAGCUGYAGCGUUUUCUCUUCAAGACAGCCGAAAAGGAUCUUGGAGUUGUGGCACUCAUGGCGCGUCUACCACAGUCAGAGGAAAUGCAAGUGACGAAACACGUCCUGCGCGAUGAUUUGGAGCUGCAAGAUUCGCAAACGAGGUGCCAACUCGUUGUUCCUAACCCUCUUCUCUUCUUCAACACCGAUCUUCACAACCGUGGCGCAUUCUUGAGACCUCCGAGUAUCUCUUAUGCGGAUCUGCUUGCCCACAGCCAGCUACCUUAUCAUAACAUUACCCUGCUGGAGGGUCUGUUUAGCGGUACGCAGUCUGACUCAGUCUGUCUGGAAAUGUUUUUGACCCAGCCGCCGGUCUAUGAGGUCAGUGUCGAGCUCAACAUACCGAAAUGUGUGCAUUGCCAGGGGAAGGAAACGUGCUGCUUCGCUCUGUCCAAAGUCAAGAACUCGAAAGGUUUGCGAGUGAGAGAUAUUUUUGCGGCGGCACGUUCGUUCCACUUUCGCCGCCCUCGUCGAGAGGGUGAUGAAGACGAGGAUGUCACUAGCAUUUCCAUUGCAUUCCAGGCAGUUGCGCAUGGCACCCAGAACGGCAUUCUGCUUGUGACUGCAGAGGACAUGCGGUUGGCAAAGGCAGAGGCGUACGAGCCAAGACCUGAGAUUGCAGACCUCGCAGGAGUAGCACCACAAGAUGGUUAG